AUGGCAGACUACUCCAACAGCAUUUUUACUGCGCUAUUCACAUUCGAGUGCUUGCUUAAAAUUGUGGCGAUGGGUCUAAUUGGCGACCGCGGAGCGUAUCUCAUGGACCCGUGGAAUUGGAUCGACUUCACAGUGGUGGUAGUGGGGCUGAUUGCAGCUUUACCGAGUAUCCCAGCUACAGCAGGUAUGCGCGCGUUGCUUGUACUUCGUCCGCUACGAUUUUUCAACGCUGUACCAGGCAUAAAAAAGCUCGUGACAGCACUGCUCAAGUCCAUCCCAGAGCUUCUUACAGUCGUAGCCUUUCUUUCGUUUCUCUUCUUCUUUUACGGAGUUAUCGGAGUACAACUUUACAGUGGAGCGAUGCACUCACGCUGCCGCCUGUCGCCACAUCCGCUAGCUCUCGACCCGAACAUCUCGCUCAAGGAACUACCAGCCUAUCAGGAACAGGUUGUGGCUGCACCUGAGCUUUUCAGGUGUCUUGACGAAGAUUCAUUACCGCUCCAAGCAGAAAUGAACUCUUGGACUCAUGAUUCUUCACCAUGGAAAACGCCGCGGGUUUGCUUCUGGCCCGUUUCCAGUGAUGGCUCCGCAGAGCUGUGCAAUCUCAAUGAUGAACAAGCCUGUCCCAUCGGCCAGACGUGUGGAUCAGACUACGAUCGCAAUGGCAACUUUCGCUUUACCCACCCAGACUACCAGAUACGCGCGAAAUUGGAGUUGGGAGUGACGUACGAUUCUGAUCUGGACUUUGGCAUACUUGGUUUCGAUCAUAUUGGACAAACGGCCAUGGUGCUUUUCAUCUGUAUGCCGCGCGAGGGAUGGACUGACGUUAUGUAUAUGCUUCAAGACGCUGGGUAUACCACUUCCGUGGCCAUUUACUUGGUGUCUUUCGUGUUAGUGAGUUCAUACUUUAUGUUGAAUCUAGCGCUUGCCGUUAUCUGGGAAAACUUCUCGGAUGCAUCGCUGGUUGAGGCCGAAGAGCGAAAGCUCCAGCGCGAGAUCGCCGCGUCAAUGCCGCCGUCACCGACAACCAAGGGGAAACCUUCUGUGGUGCGCACUACUCGAGAAUUCGUCAGACAUGCACUCGAUCAUUGGGUCUUUAGCGCUGCUGUGACAGCGCUAAUCCUACUGAACACUGUAUUACUUUCCCUCGACCAGUACCCCGUUGAUGAUGAGCUGGCAUCAAUUGUCGAUGUGAUUAAUUUCGUAUUGACGCAAAUUUUCUUGUUGGAAGCGCUGCUUAAGAUUUUCGGGCUGGGUUAUCAACGGUGGUCUGAGGACCGCUACAAUUUGUUUGAUGCUUUAGUUGUGAUGCUGGGGAUCAUCGAGGCCACUGUAUCACCUCCUCAGUUUUUGUCGGGUUCAACGCAUGCCAAGUCGCAAUCCUUUGCUGGCCUGCGCUCCAUGCGUAUUUUUCGGUUGUUCAAGCUGGCAAGAUCUUGGCCAUCUUUGCAGAAACUUAUUCGUUUGAUCGCGAACGCGGUGAGCGAAGUUGGCAAUUUUAGUGUAUUCCUGCUGCUCUUCAUGUAUGUGUACGCUCUUCUGGGCAUGCAGAUUUUUGGCAACCGCUUUCGCUUCGACUCCAAUGGAAUACCGUUAACCUCGCCUGCAGCCGACACUGAUGGUGAGGAAUACGUCCCUCGUGCCAACUUCGAUUCAUUACUUUGGUCUGGUGUCACAGUAUUCCAGGUAUUGACGGGUGAAAACUGGAACAAUGUGCUAUUCGACGGCUGGCGUACAACUGGCACGACCGCCUUAUUUUACUUCAUAUCGCUCGUGGUAUUCGGGAAUUUUAUCGUACUCAACUUGUUUCUAGCAAUCCUACUGAGCCAUUUCGAAGACGCUGAAGAAGCUAGUCAAGAGGCAAAUAUUAUCGAGGCCAAGGAGGCGCUGCGCACUAAAUCUCGUGUCACACCUAUGAUGACGUCCACCUCAUUGCAACCAGCAGAUAACGCGCGAGCGGGAACUCGCAGACGUCAAUCUCUGUACACUUUCGGCCCGUACAACCCGCUCCGGCGCUUCGCGUGGAAUAUUAUCUCGCACCCUCGCUUUGAUAGCGCUAUCCUUGGGUUCGUGAUUGCCAGCACGGCGUGUGUGGCACUCGAUAACCCUCUUUCUGCCCCUGAAAGUACUUUUGUCGUGGUGGUGGGUUAUGUGGACUCCGUAUUUGCAGCAAUCUUCGUGCUUGAGGUGGUUAUGAAAAUUAUCGCACAAGGGCUCUGCUUGCACCCGAACGCGUACUUGCGCAAUGGCUGGAAUGUUAUGGACUUCGUUAUCACGGCUGUAGCAAUCCCAGGUCUCCAGUUUUUUUCGAGUGGUACGAGCUCCCAGCAAUUGAAGUUCAUCUCAAGCUUGCGAACUUUUCGUGCGCUGCGUCCCCUACGCAUGAUCCAUAGAAACCCCGGAUUGAAGCUCGUCGUCAGCUCAUUGGUGUCUGCCAUCCCACAGAUGCUGAACGUGGGCAUGGUGUGUCUACUUCUUCUCUUGAUUUUUAGCAUCAUUGCGGUUAACAACCUGAAAGGACGAUUCUUUGCUUGCAGUGGCGAUGUUUUCGACGCUCUUACGACUGCCCAACAGGCGUUAAUCAUGAGCCCACGCGCGUGGGAUAACCUCUUAGCUGAAGAGAAAUUAUGGUUCAAUGAUACUGCUGCGGCACUUUAUGCUAGUGCUUCUGCUUUGGCAGCAACCACUACUGAAGACGUCCACGGUGUGGACGGAAUCACGUCACGAAUGGUCUGUGGCUAUUUGAACGCGUCGUGGCAGCGCACGAUCCCGCAGAACUUUGACAAUGUUUUGUAUGCACUCCUCGCGUUCUAUGAAAUCAGCACCACAGAGGGAUGGAUCACGCUCAUGCUUGCAGGUGUCGAUGCUACGGAUGUGGAUAUGCAACCCAUUGCUAACCACCACGAAAGUUGGACGUUAUUCUUUAUUGCGUUCAUUUUUCUUGGCUCAUUCUUCUUCAUCCAGCUCUUCAUUGGCGUUGUGAUUGAAAACUUUAAUCGGAUGAAGGAAACCUUGGAUGGUACACGAUUGCUAUCAUGUUCACAGCGAGAAUGGUUACUGAUCAACCAAGCGGUACUCAAGUUGCGGCCGAAACGCAAGAUACGAUCUCCACGAGGUGCUUUUCGUCUGUAUUGUUUUCGCUUGGCGCGAAGCCCAAUGCUGGAGACCGUAACGAUGGGAGCCAUCAUGCUGAAUACGUUCUUCAUGGGUCUUACGUACUUCGGCGAGGAAGACCUAUACUCGCGCAUCAUUGAGUAUGCCAAUGUGUUCUUCACUUUGCUCUUCGCACUUGAGGCGGCAAUCAAAAUCGCAGGAUUGGGGCACUAUUACUGGAAGGAUUCCUGGAAUAUCUUCGACUUUAUAGUGGUUGUUGGCUCUUGUUUCGGUAUGAUCUACACGUGGGUAGGAGGUGAUGCAGUGGGGUCAAGCGCUGCCAUGAUCCGCGGCGUUCGAGUUUUGAGGCUCAUUCGGCUCAUUCAAACAGCUCCAUCACUGCGGCAGCUUGUCAAUACCCUGCUGUUUACGUUGCCAUCCCUCAUCAACAUCGGUGGUUUUCUACUUCUCGUGUUCUUCAUUUAUGCUGCGGUGGGGGUUCAGCUAUUCGCCAAAGUCAAGCUGGGCGAUCUACUCACUCCGUUUGCCAACUUCCAGAGCAUUUCUACAGCCAUGAUUACACUGAUUCGCUGCGCGACAGGCGAGAGGUGGAACGACCUUAUGCACGAGCUCGCUGAGAGUGACAACUGCAUAGAUGACCCAUAUUACGACCCGAAUAUGUGUGGGUUUGCGAACUUUGAGGGUUGCAUACCGCUAGACGGCUGUGGCUCUCCCAUCGCAUAUCUGUACUUCUGCAGCUUCACGAUGCUGAUCACGUACAUUCUCCUCAACAUCUUUAUCGCUGUCAUCCUCGAGGGCUUCGCCAACGAGAAAGACCAAGCCAAUGGAGUAUUACUACCCCAACAUUACGAAAACUUUGUCGAGACCUGGUCGAUUCUUGACCCCGAAGCCACAGGAAUGAUCGAAUGGCACCUUCUCCCCAAGCUCAUCCAGCAACUUGACGAACCUCUUGGCUAUGGCUGCCACGAUAACGAAGUCUCGGUGAAGGAGGUCACAGCCUUUAUCGAGUUUCUGGACAUCGGAGUCUACAACGGCAACCGCGUGUUCUUCAACGACGUUGUGCGCAAACUCGGCAAGUUCGUGCUGGACAUUGUCAAUGAAGCGCCUGUACCCGACUUGCCGAGCACUAUUGCAGUCAGCCAGAAGUGGCGCCUGCUCCUGAAGGGCGGCAAGAUGCGCAAGCAGGAGCGGUACCAGGUGAAGCAUCUGCACGCUUCCGUUCUGCUACACGACGCCGUGCGCUCGCUCAUCUUUCGCGACGAGCUCCGCGCGCGCGUGCAGAAGUUCACGGAGCUGACCAAAGACGUCCUGGGCUCACAGCCGAAACACGACGUGCCAGCGAGCCGAAGGAGCAGCAUUGCGCUGCCCAGUUACGCCGAGGAGGAGGAAUCGCGCUAG